UUCCAGACGGGCAAUACAUAAAAAGCCACUGCAUGGGAGCUAAUUCCCAGUAGUGCAGCAGCUUGUAUUUUUCGGAUCCUCAAGAACCAUCACCGAAGAACAGGUCAAUUGAAACCGAAUUGAAACAGAAACUCCGGUCCUUUUUAAGGGGUCUCCGUGUGUUAAGGAUUCCACAAAAAAAAAACAUAAUUAUCCGUUUCGGAAGCAAGAUCACGCUCAUUCUUUAUUGUCAUUAGAACGGAAUUUGUUCAUUGUAGGGGGUUCGGAAAUACAUUGACAAAGAAAUAAGAGAAAAGGAAUUGCUUUGCUCCAGCCAGAAAAGUAGAAGCUUCUCACAACAAUAAUUGAACGCCGAAUUCGUCUCAAUUGUUCAUCCCUUGUGCUGUACAACUCACGGAACAUACAAAGAGAUUCGCGAAGCUGCGCUAGUUCAUACGAGUGCCUAUAAAUAUGCGUUUUAACAGCUCCUUUUUGUCAGGGAAAGGUUGGCGCAACAAGUCUAGCAAACCGGACGAAGAGUUUGGUGCAGACAAGUCCACCAGCGAUUACAAUGCGAGCAAUGAUGCCGCCCCGACAAUAUCCAAGAGCGACUUGACCAAGUCGGGAAAGUCGUCGAACGCUGAUAUUCACACCUCGACUCAUCCCGUGGUGGAAGAAGUUAGCGGCGAAGUCGAAUAUGUUGACGAGUUGCCUACUAUGAAGGACUGGGUCAGGGAGCAUGUCACUCACGACUUCAAGCAUCGGUUUGUCAGCUAUCUUCGGUCGCUGUUCCCUAUCAUCAAUUGGCUCCCUAACUACAAUGUCGACUGGCUCGUUGGCGACAUGAUCGCCGGUCUCACAGUGGGUACGGUCAUUGUGCCCCAGAGUAUGUCCUACGCAAACGUCGCCGGUCUUCCCGCUGAAUAUGGUCUGUAUUCGUCCUUCGUCGGUGUUGCAAUGUACUCGUUCUUUGCCACGUCGAAGGAUGUGUCCAUUGGCCCCGUCGCCGUUAUGAGUCUCGUCACCAGCAAAGUCAUUACCGCCGUACAGUCCAAAGAUCCCAAUCACACUGCUCCAGAGAUUGCAACGGCCCUUGCAAUGCUCACAGGUGCGAUCACCUUCAUUAUUGGCCUUCUGCGUCUUGGUUUCAUUAUUGAGUUUAUUCCCGUACCGGCUGUGUCAGGUUUCACGACUGGCUCAGCUCUCAACAUCAUUUCGGGCCAAAUACCUGCUUUAAUGGGCUACAAAAAGCGUGUUCACACUCAGGAUGCCACUUACAAAGUCGUCAUUAAUACCUUUAAAAACCUGCCCCACACAAAACUGGAUGCCGCCUUCGGUUUGGUUUCACUGUUCGUUCUUUAUGCCAUCCGUUUCCUCUGCCAGAAGCUUGGAGCGCGUUAUCCACGUUACAGUCGUUAUACCUUCCUUAUUCACGUACUUCGCAGUGGAAUGGUAAUCAUUGUCGGUACUCUCAUUUCAUAUGGAAUUUGCAGAAAUCGCAUGGACAAUCCGCCUAUUUCUGUCCUGGGAACCGUUCCUCGCGGUUUCCAGCACAUCGGUGUCCCCAAAGUAUCAAGCAAGCUUGUUUCCGAUCUCGCCGGCGAGUUACCUGUUUCGGUAAUCGUCCUGCUGCUCGAGCACAUUUCCAUCGCAAAGUCUUUCGGUCGUGUCAAUGACUACAAGAUUAUUCCCGACCAGGAGCUUAUUGCAAUUGGUGCUACUAACUUGGUUGGUAUGUUCUUCAACGCAUACCCCGCUACGGGUUCCUUCUCGCGCUCUGCCAUCAAGGCCAAGUCCGGUGUCCGCACGCCUUUGGCAGGUAUUUGGACGGCUGGCGUUGUUAUCAUGGCUCUUUACUGCUUGACGGGUGCGUUCAAGUUCAUUCCUAAUGCCAUCCUUUCCGCCGUCAUUAUCCACGCUGUCGGUGAUCUCAUUGCGAAAUGGAGUCAGAUGAAGCAGUUUUGGAGAGUGCAGCCCUUGGAGGCCAUGAUUUUCUUCGCGGCUGUUCUCGUCUCCGUGUUUUCGUCUAUUGAGAAUGGAAUUUACGCUGCUGUGUGCUUGUCCGCCGCACUGCUUUUGUUCCGUAUUGCCAAGCCUGCUGGUUCCUUCCUCGGACAACUGCGUAUUGCAAACAAGUACGUUGAUGACAAUGCCGUGGAGCUUGUGCGUGAAGUCUUUGUUCCCCUCGACCAGAAAGGCUUGAAUCCCAAUGUAACUGUUGAAGCCCCACCUCGUGGCUUGCUUAUCUUCCGCUUGCAAGAGAGUUUCACUUAUCCAAAUGCCGGUCACGUCAACGAUAUGCUUGUUUCAAAGGCGAAAGAGGUGACUCGGCGACUCAACAAUCAUCGUUACGCCAGAAAGGGUGACCGUCCCUGGAAUGAUUACGAAAAGGCUUCCAAAAAAAUCGAUCCAGCCUUGGACACGAGACCUAUUCUGAAAGCGGUGAUCCUUGACUUUAGUGCGGUCAAUCAUAUCGACACAACCGGUGUUCAGGCUUUAGUGGAUACCCGUAAAGAGCUUGAGAUUUACGCUGGUGGAGAAGUUGAAUUCCACUUUACAGAUAUAUCUAACCCUUGGAUUAAACGGUCUCUUGUGGCAGUUGGUUUUGGUAAGGCACAAGAUGACACUCUUCUCAAGUCACGCGCUAUUGAAGUUGGAAGUGCUGCACCUUUGCGGGAUUUGGAAGACCUUCCUUCUGAUGUUCUUCAUAUGCCCUACAGAUCCACAUAUCGCCCCGGAGGUUUUGAUGAGGAAGAAGAAAUUGAUACGCCUGCAUCGGAUGGGGACUCGGAGUACGAUAUUACCACAACUUACUCUAAGAAGGCUCCAGGAGGAGUAAUGGAAACCCAUUACUAUCCUGUUAUCUCCACCGAGUACCCUUUCUUUCAUGUUGACGUUACGAGUGCUGUAAUCGAUUGCCUUCACCGGGGAAUCGUUGCCUCUAAUUACACUUCACAAGAAGAACAAACUAAUUGAGGUGGUUUUGAUGUUUUCACCUUAGUCUAAUUAUUUCUUUUUGUCCGUUUGUUAUUAUUAUCCAUGUUCCAUUUCACCUUUUCCCUUAGUUAUGAUAUUCAAAGUUCAGCAUUGUAUCAGUAA